AUGUUUAAUCCCGCGGUUACAGUAAGACGAAUCGAUGUUUUGAUUCGAAUUGUAGGCAAUAAAAGACUUAGACUAAGUGCUAAUUACGUGGGAACUUACUCCGGAAAUAAUAAAGUUACUAUAGGUGAUGUUACAAAAGAAAUACAAGUUCCGAAAAAGAUUGAAUAUGUUCCUAGGAAUUAUUUAACAAUUGAAAGUUCUGAAAUAAAAUUAUUGUCACAAAGUACACUAAGGAACCUGAGAUGGAUGAUGCAGAAGGAUGCUUUGGGCCAAGACAUGUUCCUUUUAGGACGACCAGGCCCUAGCAGAAGAAAAAUAGCACUUCAAUACCUUGAGCUGACACAAAGGGAGUUGGAAUACGUAGCUCUGUCUCGCGAUACAACUGAAGCAGACCUAAAACAGAGACGUGAGAUCCAGAAUUCUACUGCUAGAUACUUUGAUCAGAGCGCUGUUCGCGCGGCUAUCGAAGGUCGUGUGCUGGUCAUAGAAGGUAUAGAAAAAGCCGAACGAAAUGUUUUGCCAGUGCUUAAUAAUUUACUUGAAAAUCGGGAGAUGCAUCUCGAAGACGGUCGGUUCCUCGUGCCUGCCGCUAGAUAUGAUAAAUUACUACAGGAGCACGGAAUCGAAGAGGUCUCAAAAUGGCGAUUAGUGCGAGUCGACGAGAACUUCAGAGUGAUAGCUUUAGGACUGCCAGUACCGCGUUACACUGGACAGCCUCUAGACCCACCUCUACGAUCAAGAUUUCAGGCCAGAGAUGUCGCCACUAUCGGGUUUGGGGAACACUUGUCGUUGCUGAAGGAAGUAGCCCCGACAGUGGACCCAGUUAAGUUGGAGCAGCUACUGUCCGCUGCAUACGCUUUGAUCAGCCCGGAGCUUCAGCAAGUCAGCUUGCCUGAUUUCCCAGUGGACAGUCUCCAAGCAGCUGCAUUAAAACUGGAAAAAAAUCCUAAUAUACCAGUUCAUAGGCUCCUUUACUACCUGUAUCCGUACAAUACUUUCUUAUCUAAAGAUCACGUGAAGAACGUCGAGGUGGUCUUGAAGAAUUUGAAAAUAGAUACCACCACUAAGUGGGAUAUUUCUAUGAGAGGUGUAGAGUACAUGCCAGAUCAGGCCGUUGCAACUAUGGAAAUCAACGGUCAUAAGUCUCAAUUUGGCGUGCCGUGCGGUGGGAGGAGCAGAAAGGGUAUGGAGGCGAGAGGUGUAGUGAAGACAGCGUAUCAGACUGAGCUGUUGAGUGAAUUGAUUUUGAGUCACAGUGUUGGUGAUUUUUGUGUGGUCGGGCCCAAAGGUUGCGGAAAGAGCCUCCUCGUUACACAACUAGCGUCUUUAUUGGGUUACACAAUAGAGCCUAUAGUCCUGUACCAAGACAUGACUGCUAGGGACCUGGUGCAACAAAGAACGACCCUAGACAACGGUGACACAGUGUGGAGGAACUCUCCUCUUGUAGAUGCUGCCCUGAAAGGGCACAUGGCGGUAUUAGAUGGACUCCAUAGGAUACACGCGAGCACUCUUGCUGUUUUGCACAGAUUGGUCCACGACAGAGAUUUGCAGCUUCACGAUGGCACUCGUUUGUUACGUCACGACAGAUAUGAGGAACUGCUGUCCGCUGGUCUCACCGAACAAGACCUGGAAGACAGUGGCGUUAAGAAGAUACAUCCAGCGUUCCGAAUAGUAGCUUUAGCCGAGCCUCCUGUGUUGGGUAGGGGGCAGCACUGGAUGUCCCCAGAGCUUCUUAGUCUUUUCGUGUACCAUGAGAUGAGAAAUCUUAGCAAGGAGGAGGAGAUCUUCGUGAUCAAUACGCUGUACGGCGAUAUAUCACAACCUUUCCACUCAAUCAUCAAUCUAGCAAACGAGCUUCGAAGAUCAGAAGACAGCACUCUCAAAAAUCUGUCGUCCUCUCUUUCCACUCGCCAACUCCUGCGCAUCGCCAGCAGAAUGGCGAAAUAUCCCACCGAUUCAGCAUACGAAACGGUUCAAAGGACAUUCCUAGCUAAAUUCCUGCCUAGUUUGGCGCGGCGAGCGCUAGAUGGCGCUAGUCAAAGAAUUGGCAUAGAACCGCCCAGACGCUUUGGCAUCUUCGGUGGAAACGUUACAGAGGAAAAAGUACCUUGUUCCGUAAAGAAUGGAGUUCUAACGAUAGGAAACACGAGCACUAAGAUUUUCAAAACGGAAGCUUUAACUAAAGUACCUGAUAUAUUAUUCUACGACGUACCUCAACAUGUGAGGCUGCUAGAGUGGCUUUUGCAAGACUUUUUAUUAGGCAACCAUUUACUCCUAGUCGGUAAUCAAGGAGUUGGGAAAAACAAGAUAGCUGAUAGACUGCUCCAACUCCUCAACAGACCAAGGGAAUACAUCCAAUUGCACAGAGACACGACUGUUCAGUCUUUAACUGUACAACCGACUGUGAAAGAUGGUAUAGUUGUGUACGAAGAUUCUCCGUUAGUGAAGGCUGUUAAAUUUGGCCACGUUCUAGUAGUCGAUGAAGCUGAUAAAGCUCCUACACACGUUACAUGUAUAUUGAAAACGUUAGUUGAGAAUGGAGAGAUGAUACUCAGCGAUGGUAGAAGGAUAGUGCCAAAGAAUAUGUUGGAGAGUUCCGGUGGUAAUGUGGAAACUUUCAUUCCAGUGCAUGAUGACUUUAGGAUGAUCGUUCUCGCUAACAGACCUGGCUUUCCGUUCUUGGGAAAUGAUUUCUUUGCUUCGUUGGGUGAUCUGUUUUCCUGUCACGCAGUUGACAAUCCUUCAAUAGAGUCAGAAAUGGAAUUGCUCCGGUCAUACGGUCCCGAUGUUCCCCAUAAUGUAAUGAAAAAGUUGGUGCAAGCUUUCGCUGUUCUCCGCGAUAAGGCAGACCAGGGCCAGUUGACAUACCCUUACAGCACUAGAGAAUUGGUCAAUAUCGUCAAGCAUUUACAGAAAUAUCCUGACGAGGAUCUAGCGACUGCAAUAAGCAAUGUCUUUGAUUUCGACCGUUAUAGUAAAGAUAUGGCGGAUACCCUACUUGAAGUGUUGCACGCAAGCGGAUUACCCACCGAGGGUGUCCUAGAAGGAAGGUCGAAGGAAGCCAUGAAGAAGUUGCAGAUGACCAUUGAGAGGACCAGCGGAAAGGACGUGUCCAAUCCGAAGCACGGCAAAGAGGAUCCGGACAAUAAACCUCACGUGGGCGGCAACACGUGGGCGGGCGGCACCGGGGGGCGGGACACUGCCGGCCUCGGGGGCAAGGGCGGGCCCUACAGGCUGGAUAAGGGGCACGACGUGCAUCAGUUAUCAGACGCGGAGAAAGACGACAUUCCAGAGCACGUGAAGAAAGCUGCGCGAGAGAUGAACCGGAAAGCGUUCGAAGAGAGACUGAAUGAGAUCAAAAUGAGUGAAUACGAUGCAAAAUUAUACGAACAGUUCUUGAGGGCCGUACAGCCGCAGAUUGGCGCACUUCGUGGUGUGUUAGCUGAACUCCAAGCGAAGAAAAAGGAGAGGCAGUGGACUCGGCAUCAGACCAGUGGGGAACUGGAUGAUGGCAAAAUUAUAGAAGGAUUGACAGGCGAGCGCUCUAUAUAUCGACGUCGAUUGGAACAGGAACCUCCUCCAGGAGCGCCUCACCAGCGCCCCAAGCGGCUAAGAUUAGUACUAGAUGUGUCUGGCAGCAUGUAUAGGUUUAAUUCAUACGACGGCCGUUUGGAACGUUCCAUGGAGGCGGUAGUGUUAGUAACUGAGGCUCUACGCGGUUACGAGGCUCGUAUCCGCUACGAUAUAUACGCACAUUCUGGAGAGGAACACGCUCUAGAAUUGGUCCGAGUAGAUCGGCCGCCUAACAACGAGAAAGAGAGAUUACAGAUAAUUCGUACGAUGCAUGCGCACGCGCAAUUCUGUUGGUCGGGCGAUAAUACACUACCGGCGGCGAAACACGCGAUAUCAACAAUCGCCACCGAAGAUGCCGACGAGGCUAUAGUACUCAUUCUAUCUGAUGCUAACUUGCGACGUUAUGGGAUUCAACCUCAGGAGCUAGGUACAAUCCUGACGUCAGAUCACAGAGUGCAGGCCCAUGUAAUAUUCAUUGGUAGUCUUGGAGAUGAAGCCACCAAUCUACUACGGCAGUUACCGGUAGGUCACGCUCACGUAUGUAUGGACGUCGCCAAUCUACCACAUAUAAUGCAACAGAUAUUCGCAUCCUCGCUACUGCAGACCACAGACAAUUGA